GGGAGUCACCAUCACCAAUUUAUUAUUUAAUAUAAAUCUAUUUGAUAAAAAAAUAUUUGUAUUUAUUAUUUAUAUAAUUUAUAUAUAGUAAUUAAUAAUCGUACCUAAAUCACAAUAAAAACAAUUAUUAUAAUAAUAGUUUCUCUUUAUAAAUUAAUUUUUUUAUAUAAUUAUAUAUAUUAAUUUUAAAUAGAUAUAGAAACUCAAUACCAAUUUAAAUUAAUCAUCACCAUACGAUUUUUAUUUUUGUUAUUAUUUUUUUUUUUUUUUAAUACAACUUUAUUUCUCAAUAUUAAAACAAAUAUAUACACUUUAUUUUUCAAUAUCACUCCUCUUAUAAUACCAAGUUAUUUUAAUAUACACAAAAAAACUAACCCCCACCAUAAAGAGAUAAAAAUAAUAAUAUAAAUAAUAUAUAAAAUAUUUUUUUUUUUUUUAUUUUUUUUUUAUUUCUAUUUUAUUUUUUUUUUAAAAAAAUAAUUUUAUUAUUUGUUAAAAUUAAAAUAAUCAUUUAAUAAAAAAAAAGAAUAUCAUUCUAUAAAAAUAACCAACUAAUAAAUAACGCCCAAACAAAAAGUCUUUAUCAAAAUAAAAAAUUAUUAUUAUAUAAUUCAUAGAACUAAAAGUAUUUUUUAUAUUUUAUUUAUUUUGUACCUUUAUAAUAUGAUUUCGAUAAAACAAAAAUAAAUAAAAAUCCCAACAACAAAUAUAAAAAAGCUUUAAUAUUUAUUCCUAUUAUUUAUUUCACACCCUUUCAAAAAAUUUUAUUUUAUUAAUUUGAAAUAAAAAAAAAAUAAAAAAAAAUAAAAACAAUAUAACUAUCAAAUCUAUAAAACCCAAUAAAUUUUAUUAUUAAUAACAGAAACACAAUAAAUUGAUAAUUUUUUGUGUAUAUUAUGUAUAUUCUAUUUUAAUAAUAACAAAUAUAUCAACAAUAAUAAAACAAAACAAAUAAAGUGUCAACAACUUUAUUCAUUGUAAAAAAAAAAUAAAAAUAAAAAUAUAAUCAAAACUAUUAUUAUAAUAAUAACUAUAAAAUAAUUCAUGUAAAUAAUAAUAUAUAAAAAAAUAAAUAAUAAAAAAUGAUAUUUAAAUUAACAUCAGCAUCAAUAAUACUACUAUGUCUAUUAUCUAUUGAUUUUGGACUAUUAUAUUUUUCAAUAACGCAACCACUAUAUAAAUCUACUUCUUCAAUAUAUAAUAAAAACACUACAAAAUAUAUCCAAAAUGAUGUAUAUCUUUACUACCCCUCAUUUGUUCAAUACUCCAACGAUUUACCGGUUUCGGAUCAUAAUGAAACAUAUAUAGUUUACAACCAUUUUUAUACACAACCAUCAAAAAUUCAAAAAAUAUUGGAAACCUCUUAUAAUUUUGCAUUAGUUACAUUAGUAAUAAAAUUUAUUCCAAUAUUUUCAAUUAUUGUAUACAUGAAUCAUAUUGCAAAAAGAUAUAUAGAUAACGAUUUUAAAAGAGAAGAAGAUAACUACAAUAUAGAAAUUGAUUCAGAUGACUCUAGCGAUGAGGAUAGUUUCUCUUACAAAAUGAAGAAAAAGAAGAAGAGUAAACAAAAUAAAAGGAUCGAAGAAAUAAAGAAAAUUGGUGGAGAUCCAAAUAAAAAGAUAUUUAAUGUUAAAAAAUCAACAAGUAGUUGGAUUGCUUUGGCUAUUCUUCUUUUCAACUUUAUGCCAUUUUUAUUUUUAUUAAUUGCUGUAUUAUACCCAGUAUCAUUACCACAUGCAUUUAGAAGCACAACUUUUUCAGUUCAAUUAUGUAUCGAUCAAAGAUCUCAUGAAUAUCAUGGUUUAUGCUACUCAUUUUAUGGUCACAAAAUUGAGGAAACAAUUGAUUUUGUCAGAGAAUUAACAUGGCGUCCAACAUUAGCAUGGUUCAGUUUAAUAAUAUCUUUAAUAGUAGAAUCUACAAGUGUAUUCAUUGCAAUUAAAAGUUUAUUACUUGAUCCCAGAAAUGAAUCAAUAAAAACUGUUGUCAAAAACUUUUUAAAUAAUAACAUUCAAAACUUUAAUAAUGAUAAAAAACCUCAAGAUAUAGAAAAUAAUAUAAAUAAUACUAAUAAUACUAAUAAUACUAAUAAUACUAAUAAUACUAAUAAUUUUAAAAAUGUAAAUAUUGUAAAUAUUGUAAAUAAUCAAACAAAUACAACUACCCCAAAUAAUUUAAAUGAAAAUAAUGUAAACUAUGAUAACUAUAAUAUAAAUAAUUAUAAUGAAAAUAAUAAUAAUAAUAAUAAUAAUAAUAAUAAUAAUAAUAAUAAUAAUAAUAAUAAUAAUAAUAAUAAUACACAAAAUCAAGAGUCAUGUAAUAGUACACCUGCAUCAACUCCAAAUCUUUCGCCACAGCCAAACAAAACGAAUAUUGUAAUCAAGAUAUAAACUAAUCAUUUAUUAUUGUAAAAAAUAAAAUAGUUAAAUUAAAUUUUAAUUUUAAUAAUUUAUUACCCCU